GGAGAAAUCAACCCUAACCUAAUACAUUGAGGGUGACAUGUUUUCUCCGUGGAGGAUGAUAUAAUUAUGAUGUAUCAUAUUUAAAUUGGUCAACGAGUUACUUUCUCAUUCAUUCACUCCAGUGAGGUUUCGGAACGUUAUUUUACAAAGAGUUUUAAGCAUACAGCUAAUCCGUCCAACUACAACACGUUGGAAAUGGUAAAAAUACAAUGUACAAGAGUGCGUACAUAGAUAUCUUGCGUUCACGGCUGUGAUUGGUCAAAACGAGGUCUCUUUCUAAUCACGUGAUGUUUCCGGACGUGGAUUUGAACGACCAUUGAUUGGAGAAUUGAGCUGUAGAGCCAUUAAAGACAUCUGUGCAGUAUGUAUCGCGACCCCGUUUAAAACUCAGUCCCACUCAUUUACAGCGACAGAUUCCACUGACGUGCAAUCCGUUGUUGUGAACAUAACGUUACAGUCGGCGUAAAGAAAAGAGUAAAUAAAGGAGCUAACGUUAGCAUUGACCUCAUGUGCUAACUGUCGCUGCACCCGCUCGCCUACUCUCCUUCCCGGUUGUCUCGGCUCUGGAGCCGCUAUGGGCGGCCGUCUUCUCCCGCUGCUCGUCGUGGUGCUGUCGGUGUGGUCGGGUGUCGGAGACCCGACGGGAUCCGCUCAUGUCGACGGAGCUCCGCCUUCUAAAAUAGCGGUGGUCGGGGCGGGGAUAGGAGGCAGUGCCACAGCCCAUUUCCUGCGGCAGCACUUUGGCCCUGAGGUCCAGGUAGACGUGUUUGAGAAGGGGGAGGUCGGAGGUCGUCUUGCCACUGUAACCGUUAAUCACAACGACUACGAGUCUGGAGGCUCCAUCAUUCACUCCCUCAACCUCCACAUGCAGGAGUUUGUCAAACAGCUAGGUUUAAAGUACCGACGCAGCGUGGCAGGUAAGACGGCAGUGUUUAACGGCGAGGAGAUGAUUCUGGAGGAGACGGACUGGUACCUGCUGGACCUGUUCCGCCUGUGGUGGCGCUACGGCAUCAGCUUCAUCCGUCUUCAGAUGUGGGUGGAGGAAAUUAUGGAGAAAUUCAUGAGGAUCUACAAAUACCAGGCCCACGGCUAUGCCUUCAGCUCGGUGGAGGAACUAUUGGACUCUCUUGGGGGGAGUGGCUUCAUCAACAUGACCCAGAGGCCUCUCUCUGAUUCGCUGCUGGAGCUGGGCGUGUCGCAGCGUUUCAUCGACGAGGUCGUCGAGCCGGUCAUGAGGGUCAACUACGGACAGAACGUCAGCAUCCCCGCCUUUGUAGGUGCUGUGUCUUUAGCUGGUGCCCAGAACAACCUGUGGGCGGUGGAAGGAGGCAACAAGCUGGUAUGUUCCGGCCUGCUGAAGAUGGCCAACGCUAACCUGCUGCAAGCACAAGUCGGCUCCAUCUCACCCAUCUACUCGGGCGAGGUGCCCCAGUACCAGCUGAGCUUCACCACAGCAUCAGAGACGGGAUCGGCGCUGUAUGACAUCGUAGUGUUGGCGACGCCGCUCCAGGCCAGCGUCCGGUCCGGGAUCCGGUUCCAAGGUUUCACCCCUCCCUUUGAGGAGCUCCCCGGCAACUAUCACAGCACUGUAGCAACCAUUGUCCACGGUUACCUCAACACGUCUUUCUUUGGUUUCCCGGACCCUCGCCUUUUUCCCUUCGCCAGUGUCUUGACGACCGAGACGCUCGAUCUGUUUUUCAACAGCGUGGCAAGUGUUUGUCCCGUCAACAUCUCGACUGGCUUCCGGCGUAAGCAGCCACAAGAGGCUGGAGUCUAUAAAGUGUUCUCACCACAACCUCUGGACAAGGCUCAGCUCAAAACACUGUUCAGGUCGUACUACUCCGUGCAGGUGACGGAGUGGCAGGCCUACCCUUGUUACGGCAGCAGCCAGGGACUGUCGCCUGUGGAGCUCCACCCCAAUCUCUACUACCUCAAUGGCAUCGAGUUGGCCGGCAGCGCGAUGGAGAUGAGCUCGGUAGCGGCCAAGAACAUCGCGCUGCUGGCUUACCACCGCUGGAACAGACAGACGGACAUGGUGGACCAGAAAGAUCUGAUGCACAGGAUCAAGACUGAGCUAUGACCUGGUCAACUGUAAACCCUACAGCAUCCGUAUUAAGGUGCUACAUUUUUAAUUUUGACUGACGUCUCAAGUGGCUGAGUAUAUUGAGACACAUCCAAGUAAUGCAACAUACAUUUAAUAGACUGAAUCAAUGAGUAAUUCGUUGAACAUAAUCUUUCCCUGCCUUAUCCUGAAGAAACUUAAGCAGACAAAAGAAAAACGAGUAUCAAAGUCAAGUCUAAAACUAAUUUAAUCACACCACUAAAGAAAACUGUGGUCCUGCGCUACUUCUCAAAGACCAGUUUGAUUUCGCUGAUUGCUUCGUUUUCUAUGCCAGAGACAUUGCAGACAUAGAAGACAUUUUUCAGUACUGGUUGGGGAUUGAUUGCUAAUGCUAGUUAGUGGUUUCAUCCAAAAAUGCAUCUGCAGGAAGCUUUGCUUUGCCAAGAAAUAAGGAAACCAAGCAACUGAGUCAAACAUCAGCUAUUAUUUAUUUCACUCUGAAGUGAAUGGACUUUCGGGAGUCACCGUCUUAUUGAGUUGUCAGUGGUGUGAAUGAACACCAGUUAAUAUGAGCACCAGUUUAAGGUCACUGGUGAUGCUCUGUGUAAAUAGAAAAGGCUGUGGUUGAAUCAAGAAAACGCUCUUGGAAUAACAGCUGUGACACAUGAGACAGAUCAGCGGUUUAACUGCCUUCAGGCACAUAAACCAGCCCUCUGUCAUACAUUUAAGGACUGUUAAGUCCUGAAUCUCUAUAAACUUAUUUCUGUAGGAUUUGUGUAAAUUAAUAAAAUCUUUAUUCAGUGGCCACUGCUGCUGUGCUCUUUUGCCCCUUUCAUCAGACUAUUUCAUUGUCUCCCUUUCCUGCUGCUUUUGUUGCAUAAUCCAGUGGAAAGAAUUGUUUUCGGGGAACAGAGCCAACAAGCUUUCACACUGGACCAAAUGAAAGCAGAGGACAGAUCCGUGGCGCUGCUGGUGAUGAUGAUGAUGAUGAUGACACUUUUCUCUCAAGCCCUAAAUCUUUAUUGAGAUACUACAUUUAAUAAGCGCUGUAAUCUUGGAAAAACUCAUAUGAAGACAGAGUUGGACAUUCGCUCUCAGAAAUGGCAAGUGCCUAAAAAGAUGGCGUGAUGUGAAAACCGUGACUGUUGAUUAUCUUCAUAAGUAACUGAGAAAUGCCUUGUUUUGUUCAUUUAAAACUGAAAAAAGUGGAUUUUUUUGGACUCGGAAAACCUAAUUUAACUGAUGUCAACUGAAAACCUUGGCGUCAGAAAUCAUGGUGGUCGAUCUGAAAUGAAGACCAAUUAAAUAAUUAUUUAUUUAUUUUUUAUUUUUAUUUUUUUCACUCCGCAGCAGCUUUUGUACAGAAGAGUCAAAUAUUUGUUGCAAUACUACACCUUUAUGAUAUGCUGUAAAAGUUAUGGUCACAAUGAUUAUUAUAGAACCAUCUUGUGGAUUGACCAUAUAGGGAUUGACAAAACAAUCUCAAUCAAGGUUCACUUUCAACAUCGUCUCAGAAUCCUCACGAACUGACCGACUGAGUUACCUCCAUCCACUAGGUCGUGAGAUGUGAUUAAAAGUUGAGACAGAGUGAGUAGAGAGACCGUGAGUCCAGAUUAUUAUGUCAAAUAGCAGAUUUCUAUGACUGUUCAUAUCUAACUACUAUUGCUUUACAAAUGUAACUCUCUGCUCAGUACAGUAUCAACAUAUUUCAUUUGCCCGAUAAACAAAAUAUUGCAACUG